CUUCUGUUGGACCCUUUUCCCAACAGCAUUCGUGCUUACCGAGUAUACCCAGAGUCAUUAUCCCCGUCUAUGAAUCAUGUAGCUUGUCCACACGAAUCCUUACUGCCGCUACAUCUUUGCCUCGAUCAGCUCGGCGUCCAGGUAUGAAGACUCCAAGAUAUCACCACCCAAAUGCCUAGAUCAAAAUCCGAGAGACAACGUACCAGGACAUUAACAGGCUGCUACACCUGUCGUGGGCGCAAGCUGAAGUGUGACGAUGGUCGUCCGGCCUGCAAGCGGUGUACUGCACUCGGUGUCGCGUGUCAAGGUUAUGAGAUCAAGUUAUCCUGGCUGGCUUACGACCCAGGCUGUUCUCAAACCAAGAAGGCAGGCACUGAACCUGGGCAGCCUAGCAGAUCAGCAAAUGGUAGGAAUAAUGGCGCAAAAGAGCCUACUAUCCGCCGUCGUCCUCUGUUUACAGAGCGCGAGAGAGCGGGCAUGAUCUUCCAAAUCCAAAGGUGCUUUUUGAACGGCGACCAAGAUGGGAACAUCGACCAGGCAAUCGACAACAUCGACGCGCUGGCUGAAGAGCUUGACAGUCAUUCUCAACAUGGCCAAGAUACCGGCCCUUUUGGCUUUUUCGUCCUCGAACCUUCUACUCAGUCUGAAGUGACCCAUGAUGAAGACUUCACCACCCCGGAUGCGAUCACUGGGGAGAAGGAAUCCAGCGAAGGACUUGUACAAGGGGAAUUGUUCCACAUGGACAACAGUUAUGCGCUUGGGCCGGAUGAGCCCGCAAUGCCCUGGCUAAUCGGCAUGGAUGAAAUGACAUUACCUUGGCUUGACGAGGAGAAUAAUGUCUUGGGACCAACAAUGACAGAUCUAGUUCCUCACCAAGGACCCGAUGUCUCAGGCCAGUCCGGAGAUGAUAGCUAUUCCGAUGGACGCUUCGCAGCAUUCGACUUAGACCAGGCUACAGCCGCCAUGCAUGGCUUUAUUACACCAUCCUUUGGCAAGGAGCCGUUGCCCGCAAUUUGCACAAGGACCGAAGGAGUGUUCUUCGACAUAUCAGAGCAGUCACACUGGACAGGUUACUCAAGUUUGAACCGUAUCCCAAGGUCAUUGUCCAACAUGGAAAACAUCUCGCGUAUACCAUCCGAGGCCCGCUUCCUGCUCGAACACUAUUCCACUGAGGUGGUUUCCUUCAUGUGUCAUUUGCCAAAUCCCCAGUCGCCCUGGAGGACCAUUCAUUUCCCCUGUGCCAUGAGCACUAUGGCAGACCUGUUAGUGUUCGGAAGUACCAACAAUGCUAGAUUGGCGCUCUUCUAUGCUCUUCUCUCCGUCUCGGCCAAUCAUCUAGGCUCCAAGAUUCCAUGGUCUGCACAACUCGAGAGACGAUCUCAAGAUGCGGCAAGAGAGUCGGAAUCCAAUUCCCUUUUGGACACGAAUGACUCGAGAGAAAUGUCCAACUAUUGGUUGGCAAAGGGAUCCUUGUUCCAAGACAUGGCCACUUCGCAGAUACUGACCUGUUUGCAGAUCCAACAAGGAAACUCCGAGAAUCAAGAAGACUAUCGGGAGCUACUGAUGAGCUUAUUGAGUAUGGUGACAAUAAGCGUUACAAGCGGCAAGCUCAACAGUGCUCAUAUUUACCUUCAACGAGCAAAGAAGCUGAUCGAGAUAUUCGUUGCGCGGUCUCACGACUCAUCCUUCAAAUCUAGCAAGAUUGCAGCCUUGCAUCAAAUAUAUUCAUAUCUGCAGAUCAUUUACAACAGCACGAAUGUCUCUAGAACAGUGGGAUCUUCUGAAUCUGAGCACUACGGCCUUGUACAGCAUUUCCACGAAGGAGACAUGGGAGGCUUUCCUGCUACAACUGUGGGUCCGCUGCUACCGCCGUCACUUGAGUCCAGCUUGGAUUCCCUCGCUCAGCACAGGGACGACUACCAGCUGUUCGGCAAAAUAUACGGUGUGCCGCGAUCCCUGCUGACCCUCAUAUCGCGGGCGUCUGCACUAGCCAACGAAUUGGAAGAAGAGGAGGGAAGCCCAAACAGCAGCUCUCCCAGCAGUUACAAUUUUCGGCCCCGGUGCCAGCUAUUGGAAGACCAAAUCUGCAACUGGCAGCCUAUCGACGACGAGUUAUCUCCUGUGCAACCUUCGUCUACUUAUGACCCUCAAGUCGGAUCCCACCUGGUUCAAGCCAUGCACGAUGCUUUGACGGUCAUGUUCUUUCGCAGAGUCAGGCCCAUCAAUCGGACCGUGCUUCAGCACUACGUCGAGAGUGCUGCCGACCACCUCAAUGAACAAGAAGCGGUCAAGGGACGAAUAGGCAUCAACGCGCCCGCUCUUCUUUGGCCGUGGUUUAUGGUCGCGUCGGAAGCGAUCAGAGAGACGAUUCGAGACAAGCUGCGCUUGUGGUCGAGCCUUGCAAGACAAUACGGCGGACGAAAUCUCGAGAUAGCCGAGCAGGUAGUGACCGAGGUCUGGAGGAGGCACGACCUGGAGCUACCGAACUCUACCUGGGUUGACGUUGUACGGGAAUGGGGUGUAACGCUUGUUCUAACCUGAAUGUUCUUCCAUCAAUUGUACAGUGUCAAAUCAAUCCGCUAUUUCAACGCUGGCUCCUCCAUCCUGUGCUGCACGCUUGAGUUGCCACUGAUGUGAGAUGAGCAAAUAGUUAGGCUCGACGACAAGCUGAUAGCAGGAGUGGGAUUUGGUGCGUCGUGGGUCCGCGUACCGGCCAACAUUUGCAUUUCCUCACCAACUCUUAGUUAUUCCCCUUGUGAUGG